AGCAUUUGAUAUUAUAAAAGGGUAAUAAAAUGCCCAAGAUAGACAACCCCUAUGCAUUGGAAUCCUGCUUUGUUAGCUGGCAGAACAAACUUGUGAAAAGAGAUGCAUCUCUCAAUCAUCCACUCAGGCCAAAACAUUGGACUUCUGACAGAUAUUCUCUAAUGUACGAUCUUCUUCCGUACAGAGAAAGACUUGAUCAGUCGCAAAUAUACACGAGGUAAGAUGUUGAGCAAUCGUAGUGUUCAAUAUUUCAACAACCGUUCCUGGUCUCCGGUUGACUUGUCUGUGGUGGCUUGUCGAUUAGGAGGCGUCGGCCACCGACCCCCUCGACGUUACCCGGAAAACACGACCACUGGGCGCGUCCCGCGUGGGCAGACAAGGGAUGUGCUCGGUACCUGCCGUACAUAAAACAGCUUCUACAGGGCUGCCAGUUGUGAUAUUUCCCAACUGGAACAAUAGACAGUGACAGGGUAGGGAUCAUGAUUACAAGUUGCCUUUAAUGGAUAUGAGGCGAAGGUGGUAACCUCUGGCCGAUGAUUCUUACUACGCAGCCCUGAGAAGCUGCUCCAAGGCAACCGUUUCGUCCCUGGUGCAUCGCGAAUUAGUUGCGUUGUGGAAACCCACUGUAGAAUGCCUCUUAUAGGGCGUCUAACGCUUCCCCGGGAUGGGAGGGGGAAGAUCAUAAUAUUUCAACAACAACAAAAUAUCGAAAUUAUUAUGUAUCUGGCUAGCUGUGGUAACCCGGUAUGUCAGACCACUGUAAUAAUAAUAAUAAUAAUAAUCUUGAUGGAGUUAUGAAUUGGUAAAUUUACUAUUUUAAUAUUUAAAUUUUAGAAGUAAAAUAAAGUAACACAAACAAAUAAUUUUACCCAGGAAUUCCAGGAAAAAAUAUGUAGGUCACCUGAAAUCAAUUUUGAGUAAAUUGCCAAGUCAAUCAACCUUACAAAUUCGUUGGCACAUCAGCAAAGAGGUGCCUGCCUUUUCAGUAGAUUUUCUGUAUCAAUAUCUUUCAAGGUAAAUUAUAGUAUUUGAAACAUUCACAUUCUAAGGUUCUCAGAUAACAAUUUCAAUCUUUAUAUAUAACUAGAAUAUAUGAUCCGUUGUUACCGGGAUAACAAUUUCAAAAUUUAUAAAUUUGCAAUCUUGUAAACACACAAUGUUGUAACAAGAAAGCUAGAUUUUUCAAUUUGACUUUCUUAUGGUGUAAUCGACUCUGACGCCAAAUAUCUUUUUACAAUUAAAUUUUUGUUAAGAGAAUUGCAUCUCCAACAUUUUCUUUUAUGCUAAUUGUUUGUUUUGUUAAUUUUGAGCUAUCUCCCUUUAUUAAAGAUUCGGUAAACUAGAAGCUCUUUACCAGAUGGCAACCAAUGCAGUUCUGGCGGUGUUCAGGACUGAGCAGACGGCCAGAGUUGUACUUAAUAAUCGUG